UGUUGGAUGUCGGAUGUUCGUUGUCGGUUGUUGGUUGUUGGAUGUUCGUUGUCGGUUGUUGGUUGUCGGUUGUUGGAUGUCCGUUGCUGGUUGUCGCAGGUCGAUCGCUGCGAUUAUUGAGCCCUGCACGCAGACUUCGUGCGACUGCACGGUGCAAUCGAAUUAACAAGUGACGCGCAGCAGCCGAAAAAAAUAAGAAAACACUCCAGUUUUGCUAUUCUGACACAAUUUCGCGGGGAAAAAAAGCAAAAACUGCAAGCAGCAAACAAAAAAAAUAAGCGAAAAACAGCGAAAAUGUGUGUGUGUGGAGUAAAAUGUGCAUUCAACAACAAUAGCGAAGGAAAGUGAGGAGAGAAAACGAAGAAGAAGAAGAAGAAGAAGAAGGUGCCGAGGCAGAAAUUGGAAAUAAACAAAAAGAAAUUGCAUAAGUCGGAUUUUGGCGUGCGCUUUGCUCAUCUUCUUCUUUCCCGCUGCUGCUGCAAUAUUUGAGUGGUGGCUUCUUGUCCCCUUUACCGCUUUUCCCCACUCGGGCCGCUUUUCCCGCCCAUGCCGCUUGUCCUCCCCCCCGAAAAAAAAACGCGAGAUAAAAACGGAGACGGAGCGCCGAAAGAUUUUGACUUAGUGGCGGUUUUUACAAAAUUUUAAUCAGCCCCGCGCUGGGCAGCUUGACCAUUUGACUUUUUUCGAACAAGUUUGCAUUCAAGUUUCGCCUGGCAGUGUGCGUUUCGGCAAUUAAAGCCCAUUAAUGCAAUUGUUGCUAACCAAUUUCUAUGUUCCCGUGUGUGCGCGCCUUUUAGCCGUUAAACAUUUAUGCAACUCGGCCGAAAACAACAACAACAACAGCGACAUUUGGCCAAGGGACGUACUUUAUCCCCCACCGAAGUCCGUGUGAGAGGGCAAUGCCAAUUUGCAAGAGUGCACCGGGCAUGGCGAGCAAGAAGAGCGGCACGGACAUCUCCGCGGACCACGUGACGGAGGCGGCGCAGGUGAAGCGGACUCGGGAGCAGGCCUACUUCAACUCCUACGACUUCGACGCAAUCGAGGUGCUGCCCUACGACGAGGAGGACGACGAGGCGGGGGGCAGGAGUCAGGGAAGGAGCAGGAGCCAAAGCAGGAGCCAAAGUAGGAGCCAAAGCAGGAGUCGCAGCAGGAACGGUAGCAGCAGCAGUCGGAGCAGCAGCACGAGGAGCUACUCCGCGGGCAUCGAGUCCGCUGGAGGCAACAAGUUCGCCUAUCUGCAGCGACUGGGCGCCUUCUUUGCCCGCAAUGGAGGUGGAAGUGGAUCAGGAGGCGAAUCAGGAGCUACGGCAGCUCCGCCGAGUGGAGCUGCCGCAGUUGGUGGAGCAGCUGCAUCGAAGUUGGCGUCCAAAGGCAGCAGUGAGAACUUUCUGCUGCCGCGAGCCAUGCUCAAGUAUCAAAGCACGACGACGGCAGCAACAGCGUCUCCAUCCAUAUCCACAUCCACAUCCACGGCGGCAGCUGCGAUGCCAUUGAAGAAUGGACUGGCCGGUGGAACGGGCAGUGCGGCUGGUCACGACCACCAACUGGAGGUGGCCACCGGGGCGGGGGAGCGCGGCAAGAAGUGCUCGAUCGGCUCCAAUGUCAGCAGCACGCAUUCCGCGGAUUCCGGACUGCCCCCAGUGGCAGUGGCAACAACAGUGGCCACAUCUGCGACAGCGGCAACAUCUGCUGCUGGAACAGCCACAGGGGGCAGAGGUGUCGGGUGCCAGCGGGGGGGCUCACACUAUUCGACGGACAAAAGCGGCUCGUCCGGUUAUUACAGCUCCAAUGUGUGCUCCACUUACUCGCUGGACGAGCACAUCUACUGCGAACCGGUCAUCGAUGUCCAGGAGAAGAUCAAGAGUGUGGCCGCCAGGCAGCGACAGAGGCCGCCGCUCCAGCUGCCAACGAAAGUGGCGGGUCCACAGGAGGCCUCGUUGACGGAGCCGCCAGAAGCCAGCGCCGAAAUGCUGUCCGCAGUGAAGAGUCAGCGCUCGGACAUGCAAGAUGCAGCCGGAGCUGCCGCAACGAAUGACCAUCAGAGCCACGGCCAAGCGAAGGGCGAGGCGACGGAGGGGCUGCACCAGUACAGCGACAAGCUGAGGAUCCUCGAGACGAGCAUCGAGAAUCUGGACCGCCACCUGAAGACGUUUCCCUGUCUGUACGCUCAGGAUCACAUUGUUGGCUUCAUGCAAACAGCCGGAGAAAGGAGCGAAGUUCCCUCCAGUGCCAUGGACAUUGGCGAGAAGCUGAGGGCCUACAACCAGCUGCCCACCAUCAUGGAGCAGCAGCAGCAGCAGCAGCAGCAUCAGCAGGAUCAGCUGGUAGACGACUCCUUGCUGGACAUCGACCUCGACGCCUUUCUUUUGGCGCCCAACGCGGGGCAUCGGGGCAUCGACAACCCGAGCUUCCUGAACGACGAGCAGCUGGCGGAGAACAACUACAAGUGUGCCAAGUACAUCAACUCCUGUCCCGAGGACGCCUACCGCCUGGAGAGCGAAAGGGGCGGACCCGGGGGAACCGGAGUGGGCGUGGCAGAGGAGGUAUACGCCAAGCGGUACGAAGAUCAACUACACUUCCAAAGCACUCGCGAGUUGCUCGAGGAUGUGCGGGAUAAGAUUCGCCUGCUGUCGCGGGCCACGCCCUCGCCCACGGCCACGCCCAUACCGCCGCCCUCCGAUGUGCCCAAGGAGCUGGAGGGCAUGAUCCACACGCUGAAGCACGAGCUGGAGUCCUACCUGCAGCGCAUGAACCAGCACAGCGAGCUGGAGCUGCGCCAGCUGUGCAGCGGCCUGGGUCGCCAGCAGCACGUGGUGCGCCUGCAGAACGCCCUGGAGCGCAGACGCAGCUGCGCCGAUCUGCAACUGGCGGGCUACGAGGCGGGACGCGACGGAGUGCUGAUCUCCGCGAGCGGCAGACCCCUCAGCGUCCGCGAGCAGAUGACGACGGUCCGUUGCGCCAGCGAUCCCAACUUCAAGAUGAAGCGCAAGUCCAUUGCAGAGAUCUUCCCCGCCGCCGAGUGCUACGUGGAGUCAGAGGUGACCACCAUCAGUCUGUCGCGCAGUGCCACGCCCUCGCCCGCCUCCACGCCGCAGCUGGAGCUGGAGGCACUGCAUCCGGGCCUGACCACCACGGUCGUUACGCAGAUGCAGCGCAACCUCACCUUCCACAAGCCCAUCCUGGCGGUGGCCAACUGCAGUCAAGGAGGUGGACACCUGACCGCUGGAGGAGCUGCUGGGGAGAAGGCGGAUCGGGAGAGGGAAAGGGAGAGCGUCGCCGAGUGGCACCGGAAGAAGCCGAGCAUCUGGGAGAUGUACUACGGCACCAACCGACUGCACCAGUCGCUCCUCGGGAAGCAGCGCAAUGGAGGCGAACUGGUCAUCAGCAGUGCCCAGCCCACCUUGUCCUAUCCAUCAUCACGACCCGAAUCGGACUUCACGCUCGACCUUCCGAGGGCCGAGCAGCUGCGCUUGAAAAUGGAGAAGGAGAAGAAGUUCCGCCAAAGAUGCCGCUUCAUCACCACGUUUCUCAGCCUGGUCUUUUUCCUGCUGACCGUAAUGGUGGUGAGCCUGGUUUUGACCCGCGGCAAACGGAUGUUCGGCAGCAUGAUUUGAGGAUCCCGAUCACCGAUCGUUACCGGUGGCUAUAGCCACACAAGUAACCCUUUAGAUCCGACUCUGCUAAAUCGAGAGACGGCAGAGCAUUACAAACUACAGUGCCAACCACAAAUGUAACACGUUAGCGAAGCUCAAGUUUAGUGUUAGUGGUAGUCGUAAGUAAGGUCACCGUGGUUUAAUUGGCAGGGCAGGACCGCCACAGCCGCAGUCGCAGUAUUCUUAAUAAAUUAUUUAUGUGAUCCUAGUUGUUAAGUCCGAGUGAGUGCAUUUGUUUUUGUGCGUACGCGUUUACUACCUGUAUCCAACCUAUCGUUUGUCAAACCUAUUGUUAAGCCCAUCAAACUGUAUUAAGUCUAAAUAUAUUACUAGAGUCCUGUGAAAGAAUGGAGAAUAAACAGAAUAACGAGUACAUAUA